GCGAGCGAGGAUGGGUGGGACACGGCAGCUGUCGUGAGGGGGUUCUGGCCAAUGGGGAAGUGUGCCGGGCCUGAUGGGCGGGGCGUCAGGGCCUUGUCACGCUCGGGUCCGUGUGAAAACGGGGGUUCCGAGUGCAAAGCAAAGUUUUUUUGUAAACCGUCUGCAAAGGCGGGGGGGCGAAGAAGGCGCCCGAGACCGGGCCGAGUGCAGCUGCCGUGGUCGCCGCCUUUUUAGCUCCCCCGGCGUCGGCUCUUCGACCUGAGCCACAGCGGAGGCGACCAGUGGAUGGAAGACCUGCGCUGAGAGCCCGCAGAUGCUUGGAGCCUUCGCAGCGUGGAGCUGCCCGUCGCCCGCUUGCUCCUGCUGGGGCUCUUGGUGCCCGGGCUCCGGGAAUCCCAGCUCCCCGUCGCCGCCUCCGCCGCCCGGCUGCGGGUGUGAGGGCUGCUGGAGCUGAGCCGGGCCUCCGCGCCGGCUCCGAAGACCGACGCCUGAGGAGCUGCGCGCCGCCGCCCCGCGGGGGACGCCCACAGGCGCGGGAGCUCGGCGGCUUGACCCGGGGCUCGCCCCCGUCCGGUCCCUUCUGCGGUGUCUCGAAGGCCCCUCACUGGUGUCCUGAGCGGUCCGGCUCGGGUGGUGAGAGCCCCGCGCCGCCCUCCCGCGAGGAGGGGUUGCAGACUGACCCUCAGUGCCUCGCCGCUACCGCCUCCUGAGUGUCCGCGCCGCGCUCGGCGGGCCCCCAAGGCGCAGCCAUGGGGUGCUGGGGUCGGAACCGGGGCCGGCUGCUGUGCAUGCUGAUGCUGACCUUCAUGUUCAUGGUGGUGGAGGUGGUGGUGAGCCGGGUGACCGCGUCGUUGGCGAUGCUCUCCGAUUCCUUCCACAUGCUGUCGGACGUGUUGGCGCUGGUGGUGGCGCUGGUGGCCGAGCGCUUCGCCCGGAGGACCCACGCCACCCAGAAGAACACAUUCGGCUGGAUCCGGGCCGAAGUGAUGGGGGCUCUGGUGAACGCCAUCUUCCUGACUGGCCUCUGCUUCGCCAUCCUGCUGGAGGCCAUCGAGCGCUUCAUCGAGCCGCACGAGAUGCAGCAGCCGCUGGUGGUCCUCGCGGUCGGCGUGGCGGGGCUGGUGGUCAACGUGCUUGGGCUCUGUCUCUUCCACCAUCACAGCGGCUUCGGCAACGACUCCGGCCACGGCCACUCGCACGGGGGCCACGGCCACAGCCACGGCUUCCCCAAGGGGGUCCGCGGCAAGAGCAACCGUCCCGGGUACAGCGACAACAACGUGAGCCCCGGCGAACAGAGACCUGACCAGGAGGAGACCAACACCCUGGUGACCAAUAGUAGCAACUCCAACGGACUGAAACUGGACGCGACAGAUCCAGAAAAGUUGAGAAAUGAUGCGAUAGAAGUACAAGUGAAUGGGAAUCUUAUCAGAGAAGAUGACCAUGUGGAAUUGGAAGAUGAUGAUAAGGCUGAACAACUUAACAUGCGUGGAGUUUUUCUGCAUGUCUUUGGAGAUGCUUUGGGUUCAGUGAUUGUAGUAGUAAAUGCCUUGCUCUUUUACUAUUCUUGGAAAGGUUGUCCUAAAGGGGAGUUCUGUGUGAACCCAUGUACCCCUGACCCCUGCAAAGCAUUUGUAGAAGUAAUUAAUGGUACUCGUGCAACAGUUCAUGAGGCUGGUCCUUGCUGGGUGCUUUAUUUAGAUCCAACUCUAUGUAUUGUAAUGGUUUGUAUACUUCUUUACACAACGUAUCCAUUACUUAAGGAAUCUGCUCUUAUUCUUCUACAAACUGUUCCUAAACAAAUUGAUAUCAGAAAUUUGAUAAAAGAACUUCGAAAUGUUGAAGGAGUUGAGGAAGUUCAUGAAUUACAUGUUUGGCAACUUGCUGGAAGCAGAAUCAUUGCCACUGCUCACAUAAAAUGUGAAGACCCAGCAUCAUACAUGCAGGUGGCUAAAAUCAUUAAAGACGUUUUUCAUAAUCACGGAAUUCACGCUACUACCAUUCAGCCCGAAUUUGCUAGUGUAGGCUCUAAAUCAGGUGUAGUCCCGUGUGAACUUGCCUGCAGAACUCAGUGUGCUUUGAAGCAAUGUUGUGGGACACGGCCACAAGCAAUUCCUGGAAAGGAUGCAGAAAAGGCCCCGACAGUUAGCAUUUCUUGUUCAGAACUUAGUGACAAUCUAGAGAAGCCCAGGAGGACUAAAGGUGAAAACAUGCCUGCUGUUGUGAUAGGUAUUAAAAAAACGCCAAACAACCAACCUGAAUCAUCUUUGUAAGUCUUGAAAAAGAUGUGAUAUUUGACUUUUGCUUUAAACUGCAAGGGGAAAAAGACUCCAUUGAAAUUCUAAGUUUGCCAAGUAGUGUAAUUGAAGUCCUUGUCUGGUCACACAGUUUAAUUCUAUUUUUGUAAGAACAUAAGGGGACUGCUUAACAGAGUUCUAUAUUACAAGUUUGUGAUUCUUAGUGCAGAGUACAGCUAUGCUGUAACAAUUUUGGAAAGCCGGUUUUAACACUAUGUUACAUUUUUGUUUAAAGUAAGUAUAAACCUUAUAUAACAUAAUGACAUUUGAUUUCCAGUUUUUCCAUGGGUAAAAAAUUAAUUAGGGGGAUAAAUAAAUUAAAAUUGUUACUGGAAUUUCUCUGCUUUUCUUUCCCCCCAGUGUUAUACUUUGUUUAUUAGAAUUUUAACUCUUAGAAUUUAAAAUUCACCAACAACUUUGUUUUAGGUAAUAUUUACUUGCCCUUUGAGGUCACUACAUAGCAUAAAUGACAGCAUAUUUUAAGAGUGACUUGUAGAUAUUAUUAGGGAAAGUCACUUUUUCACAUGGGGUAUAUAGAAUACUAACGUUCAGUUUCUAUCUUGCAUUCCAUAUUGCUGAGUAUUAUUCUAAUAGUGAAAUAAAUUGAACUACAGUUUAUACAUGAUAGGGCAUAUGGGAAGUAAGAGCGUGGAAGAAAGUUUACCAAAUUAAAUAUUUAGAUUAUUGUAAAUUAAUAUUCAGACUGCAUUUCUAAAUUAUCCUGAGAAUUUAAACCUGUUUUCUCUAACCAAAGUUAAUCUAAAACAUGAAUAUGUUUCUUUGAGAGAUUGGCAUCAGAAACAGUGAGCUGAAAGUUUACUUACAAAAUAUAUACAGUAAAUAUUUUUAAGGACAUUAAACUAAUAAUUACAUGUUAAAUGCAAGCUUAUUAAUGAAAUCUUUUAAAUUGUGGAUGUUUUUAAAAAUUUUAUAGAGUUAAAGUCCUUUCAUAGUGAUCAAUUAUGAAUGGAUUUAAAUGCAGCUUUUCAAACACAACCAGCAAUGCUUGUGAUUUGUCAAGAGCCACUGACUUGGGAGAAGGAAAAAAUCUUAAGGUUAAUGCAGUUUGGACAUUAAAUUCUUAAAAAGCAAAAUUAGUUAAGACAAAAUUAAUGAGAUUCUAUAAGUUAUCUUGUCUUGACAUUGCUCAUAUCUUCCAAUAGUGGCUUAUUUUUUCAAAGGGCCACAAUAUCUACACCGGAAGUUGUUCUUGGCUAUUUUAUUGUUAUGGAUCUCAAAUUCAUACACAAAUGUUAUUUAAGGAUAUUUAAGUUAUAUUUUUCUUGAUAGAGGUUAUGCUUUGUGAAGAAACUGUAGAUUUUUGUCCUCAAAAGGAUGAAUGUUAAUACCAGUUAUCAUGUAUAGCUCUAUUUUUCUAGAAACAAGGUAUCCUGACUACUUCAGUGACUUUUAUAGCUGACUACUUUUGGAAUGGCUACCCUUGGAGAUUUGAAAUAAUUCAUUGUUUAAUGGGUCUUAAGAUGAAAGCUCUGGCCUUUGACAAUUAACUUUUUAAAGGGAUGAUCUUUUGUGGUAGAUGAUGUGUUUUUUCCCUAGUGCAAGCCCAUUGCUGGCAGUGGGCCUAUUUAAGAACAGCUGGUUUUUCCAAUGAGAAUGAGGUAAUUUUAGGAACAUAGUUUGUUAGUUCACAUUUACUAUAAUGGGCCAAAACCAUAACCUGCCAAUUUGCAGUACAUCUUGAUCUUUUAAUACUCUUAUCUGAUAUUGUGUAAUUCAAUUCCUUAAACUAGUAUUUAUUUUGAAUUUUGCAAAAAUUUUUUUGAAAUAUGAAAUCAGGGGAUCUCAUAUGGGCAAAUAGAAAACUUUGAAUUAUACUGUAUCAUGUACAUUCCUAAUUUAACACUUUAAACUACAAAAUUUUAAGAUCUCAAAACUGUAUAGAAACAUUUCGGUAGUGAUACAAUAAGAAAACUGGUAAAAUAGUGGGAUUUUCUUUACAAAUGCUCUAUUGGGUCUAUAAAAAGUUGUAUAAUGUAUAAGACAUCAACUGAAUGAGGAUUUUUUAAAUGGUGUGUAUAAGCAGGGGACAAGGGCUUUUUUUUUUUUUUUAAAGUGCUUUGAAGGUAAGGGCCUUUAGAUUUCAGUUAUUUCACUUUUCAUAAUUUUCAAGUAGCUUAUAUGUAACAAAGUGGUACCAUAGGAUUCUCUUUUUUCAAAGGACUUUGUCAUAAUAGCAAAAUCAGUGGGCACUGACUCACCUUUUGAGUUUUAGCAGAGAAUUAUUUAUUUCUUUACAAUGCACUUUCUAACCCAUUUUUAGCUAUAUUAGCAUUAUCUUUUUAAAAAAUGCUUUUAUAUUUAAAUAUUGUGGGAUUUAAGUGUCUUUUCCAAAAUAGCUUAUUCCUUCCUGAAAGAAAAUGAGAGAAAUACCCUGCAUUAUUAGGAGACUUAAACCCAAUAUUUAAAUAUGCUGUUUUAUAACACUGCAUCAGUUUUAGGAGGUGCAUCUCUCCUGCUGGCUCUUUUAUAUUUGAGCAAGACCAGUGUAUUUAGAAUAUGUGUUUAGCAACCUGUCUGUUGUCUUGGUUUAGUGAGAAGGAGGUGCUGCAUGUGCCUGAAUUAAAACCAACUCAGAAAUUUUUCCAAGCCAAAUGCAGCCUUAGUGAUGAGAGAUUUAAUUCUCCAUUGUCACCUUUUAGUUUAUAUGAUUUUUUAAUUAGCUUUUUUUUUUCUUUUUGAAGGCUAUCCACGUCGUAAAAGUAUGGACUAGAACCUAUAAAAAAAAGGUCAAAAAACUAAAAAAUUUUGCCGUAUGUAUGUUAAUGUUUUAGAAAAUGAUGUUUGACUAACUAAGGUAUGUCAUUUGAAUAGGAAAAAUUUCCAUCAAGAGCACCUUUGGAAAAUCACUAUAGGUAGAAGACUAUGUUAACACGUUUAUAUAUUGUUAACAUCUUCAGUUAAUAUUGAACUUUUGAAAGGUUUGAGGGAAAAGGCCUAUGGAACUUAAUGUGAAGUAUUUAGGAGGCUAACUGGUAUGGAGUUGAAGAUUUUUACUGUUUAUUAGCAGAUAUCAUUUGAAUGAUAUAAACGUCAUUUACCUGCUGUCUUAAGAUGUUCAGAUACAUAAAUAUGGAGAAUAAUUCUACAAUAUAGAAAUAUUUAUUUUAAUCGAGUUUCAGUCCUAAAACAGUGUUAAAACUCUUGGGAAGGUGGCGGGGUUUUUUUGUUUGUCGUUUUUUAAAUUGAAACUGUCAAAUACAGUGUUUGACCAUCUGAAAUGGAAAUUGUAAUAGCACUAUUUUGAUGUAACUCUACCAAUACUAUGUGGCAAUGCUAUUUUGUUUUACUAACAAGCUCUGGAAUAUUUAGCAGUCAUUUUCACUGGCACAAGAGCUUUUUGUAUGUCACCCAGUUUAAACUUUAAAACCAAAAAUUUUAUGGUCCAGUGUCUUUGACAAAAAGAUGCUGAAGGGAAUGUAACAUACAAUUAAUAUGUAGUUAUAUAUAAAAAGACACAAAUUGCCAUGUUAUGGUUCUGCCUUGAAAACAGCACAAUGAAGUGUAUCAGUGUAUUCUGUGAUUCUUUAUGAAACUUCCAUGUUGUGUUGUUUUGUGUCUGCCAUAGCCUGUCCUUUGGGCCAGGUGUGGCACAGUUAAAUGCAACUAUCAUCUCAUUAAAAGCAGAUGCACAUAACAUGUCUUUAGUGCUGCAACAUUUUACCUAACAUUUUGUAUGUUUUAUGACUGUACGUUGUUUCCAAAGCUGUUCCUACCUCACCAUGAGGCUUUAUGGAUUGUUAUGUAUUAUAAAUGUUCUUUAUGAGACAGACUACUGUGUUUCUUCUCAUUUAUUAAAAGUUAAGUAGAAAAAUAAA